AAUAGUAUCCAGCUCAGGGCUGUCCAUGUGAGAAGUGAAUCUAAGAAGAGAAGGGCAAACACUUAAAUAGAGAGAAGAGUUUCCCACAGAGCAUGGCCUCUGCCAAAGAAGAUGGCGUGGAUGAAAGCACGGUGGACAUUAAAGAAGAGGACUGUGAGCGGCUCACACCAGAGGAUGUGUGUGUGAAGCUGGAGGAUCACGAAGAAAGAAUUUCAGUUUUUAAAGAGGAGGAGGAGUGCAAGGGGGUGACUGCUGCCUUUAAAGCUGAGGAUUUGAAUGAUUUUUCUGUUGGUCUUGAACUUCAAAAGCAUGAAACUGAGGAUAUUUUCAAGCAAGAGGCCUGUGAAGAAUCUCCAUCCAGUUUACAGCCCUGGUCCAUUAAUACGGGACAACUGGCUACACAGGAGAAUUCUGCAGAGCUGAAAUCAGAGUUAUCAGAGUCUGAAGAGAAAAUCACCGAGGGAAAUAGGAGAGAAGGAGAAGAGUCACCUGGGAGUGUUGGAAUGGAUUUACAGAAGAAUGGCAGCUUGUCUCCACCUUCAUUUGGUCAGUCCUCUCUUCAGUACAGUGAGAAAGGUAUGAAAAAAUCAGCAAGAGGAUCAGAGGACCUGACAGCAGCCUUUUUGCAGUGCCGUUCUCUCCCUGCUACUGGAGUAACACAGACAGAAGCCAUCAAAACUGAUCAACAGCAAGUGGAGAAAGAAAUCCAAAUUCAUACUGGAAAAAAAUGUUUGGAAUGUGGCAAACGUUUCACACACACAAGUGAUCUUAAUAAGCAUAUGAAGAUUCACAAUGGAGAAAAAGCAUAUUGCUGUCCAGAAUGUGGUAAGUCUUUCUCAUCGAGAAGCAAUCUUGGGAGGCACAGAACAAUCCACACAGGAGAAAAACCUCAUUGCUGUUCAGAAUGUGGUAAGUCUUUCCAAAGGAGAAGUAAUCUUCAGAUCCACAGAACAAUCCACACAGGAGAAAAACCUCAUUGUUGUCUAGAAUGUGGUAAGUCCUUCUCAAGGAAAAGCAGUCUUAAGAACCACAGAAGAAGUCACACAGGAGAAAAACCUCAUUGUUGUCCAGAAUGUGGUAAGUCCUUCUCAAGGAAAAUCAAUCUUCAGAACCACAGAAUAAGCCACAUAGCAGUAAAACCUCAUUGCUGUCCAGAAUGUGGUAAAUCGUUCUCAUGGAGAAGUGAACUUCAGUGGCACAAACGAAUUCAUAUGGGAGAAAAACCUAAUUGCUGUUCCGAAUGUGGUAAGUUCUUCUUAAGGAAAAGCAGUCUUCAGAACCACAGAAAAAUCCACACUAGAGAAAAAAUUAAUAAUUGUCCAGAUUGUGGCAAGUCAUUGUCAAGUAGAAGCGAUCUUCAGAGACACACAAGAGUACACACUGGAGAAAAACCUCAUUGCUGUCCAGAAUGUGGUAAGUUGUUCUCAAAUAUAAGCGGUCUUAAGAAACACAGAAGAUUCCACACAGGAGAAAAGCCUCACUAUGAAGAAGUGGCCCUGAAGCACCACAAGCUGGUUGAUUCUGAUAGAAAUCUGACGAUGAAACUCUGUGAGAAACAUCAGAAAAGUCUGGACAUGUUUUGUAAAACUGAUGAGAUGUGUAUCUGCAUGAUGUGUGGAAUCACUGAACAUGAUGGUCAUGAAAAGGUUGAGCAGAAGACGGAAAGAGAAGGAAAACAGAAACAGCUGGGGGCGACACUGAGGGAAAUUAGGAAAAGACUCGAAAAGAGAGAGAAGAAACUGAGGGAGACGACGAGGACAGUGGAGGAGAUGAAGCUUUCUGUGGAAAGAGUGAUGAGGGAACACGAGAAGAGCUUCACUGAUCUGAUUCACUGCAUUGAGGAAGCCCACAAGAAAUUGACAGAGAGGAUCACAGAACAAGAAAAGAGAGAAAUGGAGAAGGCUGAAGGAGUCAUGGAGCAACUGGAGAAGGAGAUUGAGGAGCUGAAGAGGAGAGAAGCUGAACUGAAGGAACUUUCAGAGACCAAGGACCAUCUCCACUUCCUACAGACUUUCUCACCUUGCUGUGUCCUUCCUGCUGAUGGAGACUCGCUCAGCUUUACUGUCACGGCUAAGUUUUCUUCUGAGGACCUGCUAAAGGAGCUGUCAGGUCUGAAAGAGAGUCUGGAAAAGAUCAUCCAGCAGGACAUCCUGACAAGGACUCCACCAGGUCCUGAAGCUCCAAUCUUCACCCUACAGCCUCCCGAACCUCAGAGCAGAGAGGAGUUUUUACAAUACUUCUGUCCCCUCACACUGGACAUCAACACGGCACACAGACGCCUCCUUCUGUCUGAAGGGAACAAGAAGGUGACAAAUGAGGGGACAAAAGCCAAAUUUCCUUAUCAUCCUGACAGAUUUGACUACUGGUGCCAAGUUCUGUGCAGAGAGGCUCUGACUGGGCCUCGCUGUUACUGGGAGGUGGAAGGCAGUGGAGACUUCAUUAAGAUUGGAGUCGCAUAUAAAGGACUGAGCAGGAAAGGAGGGGUCUGGGAGUGCGGCCUUGGAUACAACGAGAAGUCCUGGAGUUUGUGGUGUUGUGAUUCCCAGUACUCUGUGUGUCACAGUAACAAGAGGACUGUAAUCAGCGCCCCCUACAGCCCCAGAAUAGGUGUGUAUCUGGACUGGCCUGCUGGCUCUCUGUCAUUUUAUAGCGUCUCACACACAAUGACCCUCCUGCACAGGUUCAACACCUCCUUCACUGAGCCCCUCUAUCCAGGGUUUGGGCUUGGUCUUCACUGCAGUGUAACAAUCAGCCAUCUGACAUCAUGUGACCACUGACCAGUACCCUCCACCGGUCACUUGAUGUCCCCACAAGCUCAGGUCCUCUUUGAGUUUGUAGUUAGGGUGAAAUUAAUUUUACAGGAUGGGUGGGUUGGAGGGGGCAGCACCUCUGUGAUUGAAUUUGUGGAUGAGAAUGUGGAUGGGGGGGUCUCCAUUAUUAUUGGGUUUGAGUAGCCAAUCAGGUCUGUGUGUCAUAGUGAGGGGCGGAGACACCUCAGACCUACCAAUAUCAGUCUGACCAGUAGGGGUCACUGUUGAUUCAUAGCCACAUGUCCUUCAGUCUGACACCCCAACAACUACUGAGGCCCCCAAGUGUCACUGAAUUGUCAAAUCUGUUCAUUUGUUAAGUUCGUUGUAAACACCUCUGGUGACAUCUCAAGUGUUUUAUUUCUAAAGAUUUUAACACUCCGUAUUUCAGAUUCAUUUCUAAAUAGCGUUGGAAAAGUCAAACUAUGCCUUUUAUUUUCAAGAAAAUGGGGAGUGUAACAAAGAAGAUGUUGGUUUUUGUUGAAUAUUUUAUCAUUAAGUAUAUCAGUGAAAUCGAUCAUUUAGACCCAAACAUUAAAUCUCCUUUAAAUUGUUUAACUUGAGCCCAAUGG